UAUAAGGGGACAAUGAGCUGGUUACUGCCAUAGAGGAGCAGAAAAAAAAGUUUCUUUCAAUGACAUUUCCUGGAUAUGAAAUGAGGAGGAGCUCCCUGCUGUAAUUCUAUCAGUCUAGCUACAGCAGAUGGUUUGUAGCUGCAGUUAUCAUCAGCACUGAGGUCCUUCCAUCUGGGAACCUGCUGAAACUUUUUACAUCAUUUCUUUUGGAAAGUUAUGGUGCAAGUGUAACACUGAACACUCUGAAAUCAUGGCAGCAACUCUCACCAGCAGACUUCUCCUGCAGCAGCUGCUCAGCAAGCACCAAACUCCUGCAAGGAUCUGUCCCUGGAGAAGAAUGGGGGUCAGGUCCUGUGCCUCAUACCAGAAGCAGAAUGUUAAACUAUCACACCAUGUUGCUGGACCCCAAUGGGAUGUCCAUGCUUACAUGCCAGAAGCCACUGCGUUACCCAGUGUGCAGACCUACCAGGAUCUCCUACGGUUGUCACAAGAAGACCCUGAGACAUUUUGGGGUGUCCUUGCUAGGGAGAGACUGAUCUGGGUGAAACCAUACCAGACAGUCAAGGACUGUGACUUCACUCAAGGCCGGGUGAGAUGGUUCCUGGGUGGACAGCUGAACGUCUCGGUGAAUUGCCUAGACAAGCAUGUCCAUCAGUGCCCAGAGAGAGUUGCAUUGAUCUGGGAAAGGGAUGAACCAGGGACGCACGUAAACAUCACAUACAGAGAGCUCCUUGAUAACACGUGCAGAAUUGCCAACACCCUGAAGAAGUAUGGCGUACAAGAGGGUGACAGGGUGGCCAUUUACAUGCCCGUUUCACCGCUGGCCGUUGCAUCCAUGUUAGCGUGCGCUAGAAUUGGCGCGGUACAUACGGUUGUGUUUGCUGGUUUCAGUGCCGAAUCCUUAGCCGGAAGAAUCAAUGAUGCCAGCUGUAAAGCUGUCAUCACAUUCAACCAAGGAGUGAGAGGCGGACGGCUGAUAGAACUGAAGAAGACGGUGGAUGAAGCUGUCAAGAACUGCCCUUCAAUUAAACAUGUCUUUGUUGCUCAAAGGACAGACAACAAAGUCCCAUUGGGUAAUCUUGACAUACCCCUUGAAGAAGAGAUGGCCAAAGCAGAAGCAGUCUGUACUCCAGAGACGAUGAACAGUGAAGACAUGCUCUUCAUGCUGUACACAUCAGGCAGCACUGGGAAGCCUAAGGGAGUGGUCCACACGCAGGCGGGGUACCUGCUCUAUGCUGCCUUAACACACAAGUACGUAUUUGAUUAUAAACAAGGAGAUGUGUUUGGGUGCGUCGCUGACAUUGGCUGGAUCACUGGACACAGCUAUGUUGUGUAUGGACCUCUCUGCAAUGGAGCUACCACUGUCCUGUUUGAGAGCACCCCGACAUACCCAGACCCAGGUCGGUACUGGGAAACAGUAGAGAGGUUGAAGAUUAAUCAGUUUUAUGGAGCACCAACUGCAAUACGUCUGCUGCUGAAAUAUGGAGAUAAAUGGGUGAAGAAAUACGACAGGUCAUCUUUGAAAAUGUUGGGCUCAGUGGGUGAACCAAUAAACCACGAGGCAUGGGAAUGGUUUUACCACGUGGUUGGAGAAGGAAAGUGCACCCUGGUCGACACGUGGUGGCAAACCGAAACUGGAGGCAUCUGCAUUGCCCCCCGUCCCUCUGAACAAGAUGCUGAGGUCAUCCCAGCAAUGGCUAUGAGACCUUACUUCGGAAUAAUACCUGCACUCCUAAAUGAAAAUGGGAAGGUUAUUGAAGAUGAUGAUGUUUCUGGUGCGCUGUGUAUCGCACAACCGUGGCCUGGUAUGGCCAGAACUAUAUAUGGGGAUCAUCAGAGAUUUGUUGAUGCUUACUUCAAAACCUAUCCAGGAUAUUAUUUUACUGGAGAUGGAGCAUACCGGUCAAAGGAAGGUUAUUAUCAGAUAACAGGAAGAAUGGAUGAUGUGAUAAACAUCAGUGGGCACCGGCUUGGCACUGCUGAGAUUGAAGAUGCUUUGGAUGAACAUCCUGAUGUACCAGAAACAGCUGUCAUUGGUUUUCCACAUGAUCUCAAAGGAGAAGCUGCAUUUGCUUUUGUUGUAAUAAAAGAAGACUCACAAGUCCCAGAACAAAUACUAACAGAGGAGCUGAAGACUAUAGUAGCCACAAAGAUAGCAAAAUACGCCGUUCCCGAUCAUAUUCUGAUUGUGAAGCGCCUUCCAAAAACACGCUCAGGGAAAAUCAUGAGAAGAGUGCUGCGGAAAAUCUCCACAGGAUGCACAGAGGAUCUCGGAGAUGUAACUACACUGGAGGACCCAAGCAUCAUUACAGAGAUACUGGAGUCAUACCACAAAUACAAAACACAACAGACGCCAUAAUAACUCAGUGACAACUGUUAAUGUUUGAACAAAAUGUCCUUUGUCCUUAGCAGAACCAUGCUUCAGGCAUGAAUAAGAAUUCCUAACUUACGUGUGAUAUUUAUUGUACUUCAAAGAAGCAAUUGAUGACAUACAGUAGGGGUAACUUUACUAAACGGUGGUUUUACCAAACUGCAGAUUUGUAUGUGACUUGAUGUGCGGUGUGUACGAUAGCAGAUUUACUAAUGGAGAAUCGGCACAUCAAACCGUGUAGUAUUUGUCAUUUAUAGACCAUGCCACAGAUGUGUCCCCAUACACCUAUACGUUUUGUGCGCCAUGCUGUGUACUUUUACCUCAGUGUUGCUACUUUUUCCUUCAUUGUGCUACUUCUUCCUCAAUUCUGCAUCUUAGUUUGCAUAUAGCGGCUGAUUCUGAGCUGGGAGUAAAGCAAACAAAACAAAUAUCUUUGUGUCUGGAACAAAUAAUGUUGCAAUGCAAGGGCUGCAAAUACAUAUAUAUGUGUUUGUAUGAAGGGUAAAUACUGGCUGCUCUUGCAUGUAGCCCACAAAUACUAGACAGCUAUAUUGUUGAACAGCAAUUUUGCUUACAGUUUGGACAUGUCCCUUUUUCUGCACAUGUUACAUCUGACCCCCUGUAGUGCAGCAUGGUUUUACCCAGGAGCACAGUUACUUGUUUUCUGCUUUUGCUCCCAACUCAGAAGCAGCCCCAUAGUGUACUAGGUACUUAGGAUUAGUUUCUUUAUCACAGUAGUGCUUCUUCCUUCAUUGUCCUACUUCUUCCAUCAUUGUCCUACUUCUUUUUUAAUUUUCCUACUUUUUCCUCAAUUUUGCGUCUUUGCUUAUAGUGUAGGAUUAGUGUUUUGGCACCCAAUGUAGCAACAUGUGUGGUGCACUAAAUAGGGCUCUUUGGUGCAAUUGGAGAAUUGGUGUAAGGGUGACGGUAUUCUAUUUAUCAGACAGAUGGGCAAACUGCCUUUGUAUAACCAAGAUAGGUCAGACCGCACCCUGUUUGAGCUGCAGUAGCUCUCUCGGCAGAUUCGGGGGGAAAAGUCAUAAAUGAAGGAAGAAAAUGCACCCUACCUCGUCUGUAUACUAAUCUGCAGUUAUAGUAAAUUCUCCCCAUAGUCUUAUGGAAGGACAUACAAUUCACAAUCGUUCCCAACUAUUUAACUAUGUAAUGGUGAUGGAAUUUCCUAGAAAAUGAUCAUUAUUUAACAAUAACAAAGUUCAGAUUAUUUAUGAGUAAAACAAGACAUGCUAAUGUAAAGUGCUGCAUCUGUAUGUAUGCAGAAAAAUAAGUACUAUACGGUUGUAAGGGCUUUCAGAGGCACUUUUUAUCGCUAUGAUGCGAUGACGAUAUAAUCUAAGCACAAGUAUUAGUAGUAAUAAAUGAUUUAUUCUAGUACAGCCCUGUUUUUCAGGGCAUGGGCGGUAUCCAGUUAGAAGCGGAAAUUUACCGGGGCUAAUUGGUUCACCCGGGGCUAUCUCAUUAGCCCGAUCCCGGUGUUUAUUCCCAAUGCCAGCAUUUAUUGGGGAUUAUGGAGGCACGCGAAGCAUAAUCCGCGUUAAAUGGCUUUAGAACCUGCGAUAAGUGCCAGGACCUAUGUAUUUUCGCACAAAAAAUUGUCGUUUUUCGCAGGACCUAAUUGGAUAAGGUGAUAAAUAAUAGUAAAACACCUGUUUUUCACGCCCACGGCACUAUUGCGGGUAAUAGGACACCCCCCCAGUGGAUACCACAAAUAAGCAUUAUGUAUUAUAUUACCAAUUCUGUAAGAGAUUGUUAGUCAUACAAGGUGGCAUGGUACUGUCGAGACCAUUAGCCACUAUAAUCCAAUCUCCCAUGCUGGCACAAACCUCAGAAAACUGAAACGGACAUCAGGGGAUGCGGUAAAGGUAUGCCAGCAAAUCAUACUGAAUCCGUCUCCAGGGGAAGAUGUCAGAUUAGCUACAGCUGACAUGCAGCAAUUGUGUAGGUGAAUAGGACUAGUGGCUGGUGUGAGCAACUCCCAGUCAUCCUGAUUUGGCAUAAAUGUUCCGGUUCUCAAAAUGUAGGCAAGGAUUCAUGGGAAUAUGUAUGUGGCGGGGCGCAUCUGGGCAUAGUCUGGAUGGAUCCUGGACAGGACUUAUUUUGUCUCCGUUAUCCUGUAUAAGAUGAUAAGGGGUAUGCGGCUGGGUGGGCAUUUCCCCACUAUUAUAGGAUAGGGAAAUGCACUAAGCAGUGAUAAAAGUGGAGGUGAGCCAGUGGAGAAGUUGCCCCUGGCAACCAAUCAGCUGCUCUGUAUACUUUUUAUAGAAUGCAAAUUAUAAAUGUUAUAUCAGUGCUGAUUGGUUGCUAUGGACAACUUCUCCACUGGAUCACUUCACUUUUAUCACUGCUUAGUACAUCUUCCCCCAUAAUCUUGGUGAACAUCUCUUUUCAUUUUGGGGUAUUUAGCAGCUUAAAAAUACACUUUUCAUCCAUUACUGUAGUGAAAAAAGUGGAUGUCAAUGUCCCAACAGUACUGUAUGUUUGUAGCACAACGUCAAAUACACUAUUUUGCGGUUUUAUAUCAGUUGAACAGGUCAAGGAGAACUCCAGUUAAACUAAUUAUUUCAAUAAAUAUUAUUUACUUA